ACGCCUGGCUCCUUGUUUUAUUGUUGACGAUAGAAGGGACAAACAUCGUCUCAGGCUACCCAGACAUCACGAUAUCGUGUGUCCGUAACUGCGCAGACCUGCUGGAUAUAGCGGCUAUGUUCGGCAUCAGCGCCGCCUGUAACGACUGCCUGGACCCCACUGAGCUGACGUACGUCUGGCACAUGCGCGAGUUGGACCUGAGGACAGACACGAGUCGGGAGAUCGCCGAUUUAUCUGCCAUUCGAGUCCAACGUUUAGCACCACAAAAUCUCGGGAUAAACGUUGGAAACCUUCAUGCCGGCAAAAGGUACAAGUGGAUUUUGGACGCCGUGCCCAACAAUGGAAGACCUACAGUUUCCUUCCAGUACGAGGCUGCUUCAGCCUACAAGUACAACAUGUCCUGUACUGCUGCUCCAACACUAGGUUUUUCGGGACAGACAAGCUUCACAAUCACAGGUGUAGUAGAGGUGGAACCACGCAGCCAAUAUCAAGUCCAUCUCCAGGCACACCCUGUCACUUACACAGUUACAACAGACAUAUCAACUGUAGUACAGGAUUCGAGACUCAAUUCUGUUGUAACUUCAAGCAUUUUAGCAGGUAGUUCAGCCGACAACUUUGUCGUACCCAUAAAUGUACUGGCAGUCGGCGAUGAUGAGUCAGUGGCGGUGUGCAAUGUCGACGUUACAGUGCUUCCACCAGAUGCACCAAUCGGGCUGUGGCAGAAGGUUCUGACGUCAUCAAAUCAGCUGGAAACAAGCCUAUCCACCCGUGACUAUUCCUCAGCCCUUAUUGUCUUAACUGACAUCGCGGAGGAUCUGGACUAUAUCUCCGUAUCGGGUGCGGAUAUGGCCAGCGCACUGAUACAACAAGGCUUCGGUGAUCUGUUGCAGCGGGCCCGCAGCACCGUCGACUCAUCCUCCACACCGCCUCCGUACAGAGCCACCACCAGGAACACCUUUGACAAAGACUGGGGCUCCGCCUCAACCACAGAUCAGCUACUGAGGCUGCUCUCAUUGCCCACGGGGGAUGAACUCGAGCUUCAGAAGUUCGUACGAUCUACACAUAUCGAGUUCAUGUCGGCUCACAUGUCCAGUCUGACCCGUCUGAACCAGAUCGAACAGGCGUUAGAGGCGCUGACGUCACUGUUCGGUACGGGAGAGCUGGUGAACACUGGAACAGAGGUCGUAUUGGUUGAGGCCAUGCACAACGCUGGGCUUGCUCUCUACAAUAUAACCGUAUUCGGUCCACAACCGGUAGAUCGAGACGCUCUGCUGUCUGUAUCAACAGUCAUCCAUGAUGGACUAGGUUCAGCCCUGAGCAGCGCUCUUAGUCAAUCAUCAACAAAGAAAACCUGGUUUCCUCAGACGUACGGAGCAUCCGAGCAGACAAAGGCGCAGGCAGUCAUGGGUUAUUUUUUCACCACGACGGAAAUAUCUCUACGUACACUCCUACACAACACCACAACGACCUCGCCUCCUGCGGUCAUCAGGUCUCCUGCUGCAACAGUCAUCUACCAACGACAUGCCCGGGACCGUGUGCAGGAGGGAGAGUUCAGUCGGCAAAGAUCGGAAGGCUUCGUUACCGUACCCGAGCCAGACAUCGUCUUUCAGUCGUCGGGCAGCGACGCCGACGUGGUGGACUCAAGGUUCAUAGCAUUUUCACGAAACCCGUUCAUCUGGGACAACGACACAGAUACACGGUCGUCUGUCGUCUCCUUGGACUUUUACGAUGAAGCUGGACAGCCUGUCCCUGUACAGGACACACAGGAGCCGUUACAGUUUUACGUCCAGAAUUACGACACGCCCGGCACCCCCACGGUUGUGUUCAUGAACGACUCUGCUGUGGCGAGUAACGGCCUGUUGUACCACAGGAUGGAUGUUGGCAACAGCUCCAUGACGUCAGCCAUUGUUGUCAUGCUCCUGCCUCCCCCUCAUGUCAUAGGUUACCGGGUGUACAUGCAGUACAACCAGCCCCCAACACCAGAUAACUACAACUUCAGCACCGUCAUACCACCGCUGCACACGGCGUGUACAGUCGGUCAGUCUGACUUAUCCGGCGGUGAUGUCACCGCAACCUUCCCUAAGUCAUAUCCAGAAGUCAACGGGACGUACUACAUCGGGGUGGAAGAACUAGAUCCGACGGAAUGCCGGAAUGUUCCCGGUGCGUCCUACGCUGACGUAACGGCUAGGCUGAGGACGGCACGAUGCAACGAGACGUACAGGCUGGCCAUCCUCACGCCCAGGUGCAACUGGUGGAACGUGGCUGGGAAUAAGUGGAACCCAUCUGGCUGUACAGUUGGUCCGAACACUACAGCAACCCACACCCAGUGCCUGACGACACAUCUCACCUCUUUCGGAGCAGACUUCAUAGUGCCCCCCAACUCCAUCGACUUCAGCACGGUGUUCGCCAAGUUCGCCAACCUGAGUGACAACGCCGCGGUGUUCUCCACAGUCAUCGUCAUGUUCGGGCUGUACUUCAUCGUCGUUUUCUUUGCGAUGAGAGCGGACAAACGGGAUGUAGUGAAGUGGGGAGUUCUACCCAUCGCCGACAACCACAGUUCCGACGCCCAUCUCUACCUGCUCACCGUGUACACCGGCAUGAAGGCCAACUCUGGCACCUCCUCCAGGGUCGGCAUCAUCCUACAUGGGGAACUCGGGGAUUCGGGACCAAGACCACUGGCAGCAUGUCAACAGCAGGUCUUCAAGCGUGGCAGUGUGUCCACUUUCCUCCUGUCUACUCCUGAGAGCCUGGGAGGCCUGACCAACAUCCACGUGUGGCACGACAGCUCCGGAGAAGGUGGGGGAGCGAGUUGGUUUCUGGAUCGCCUGGUUGUUGAGGACCUUCAAACCAACACUCGGUACGUGUUCUUCUGCCAACGGUGGCUGGCAGUAGAGAUGGAGGAUGGGAAGGUGGACAGAUUCCUGAGCGCAGCCGGACGCGAUGAGCUCACCAAUUUCUCGUCAAUAUUUCAAACCAAGACUCGCCAGGAUAUAAGCGAUGGUCACCUGUGGUUCUCGGUAGCCUCCCGGCCCACCCGGAGUCACUUCACCCGUGUCCAGCGGGCCUCCUGCUGCCUGUCUCUGGUCUUCCUCACCAUGAUCACCAAUGCCAUGUUCUAUCGGACGGACGAGAGCAUCAAACAACAGGUUUACCGUUUGGGCCCUCUGGUAUUCACUCUGAGCCAAUUGUGGAUCAGCUUUGUCAGCACACUCAUUGUGUUUCCGGUCAACUUCAUCAUCGUCUACGUCUUCCGGAAAUCAAGACCAAAGCCGCGAACAAAACCGUCUUCUAGGACUGAAGACAUUUACAAGGUUCAGGGUAGCGGUUCAGCAGAACAACACCAGCCCGGCCUUCCCCACUGGUGUGUGUACAUCGGCUGGGUUCUGGUCUUCCUGUCUGCAACAGUCUCCGCCUUCUUCGUCAUCCUCUACAGCAUGGAGUGGGGAGCGGAGAAGUCUGGGGAGUGGCUGACCUCCAUACUACUCUCCAUCUUCCAGUCGGUUCUCGUGGUCCAACCGAUCAAGGUGAUUAUAUUUGCUGUCAUAAUUGCGAUCACUUUCAAGAAGUUCGGCAAGGAGGAAGAUACGCUGACGAGUGGCGGUCUAGCUGAUGACGAGGAAUUUCUACCUCCUGCUGCAGAUGCUAAUAAGCUGCAUAGCUUUUACUUCUAA